UUCUAUAGCCAGUUUGCCAGUUGCUCCAUAUUGAAGUUGGAGAUAUAAAUACCGCUUGCGAAUCGAGCAAACUACACACAAACCAUUAAGCAAUCCAAACAACAUGAAGUUCCAACUUGCUGCUCUCCUGCUCGUCGCCUGCCUGGCUUAUGCCCAAAGCAGUGCCAUCUAUAACCCACACUACGAUGCCGUUCCACUGGUCCGCAACGUGAACGUUGUCCGCCAGGUGCCCGUCGUCCGUCAGGUGCCCGUCGUCCGUCAUGUCCCAGUUGUGCGCACCGUGCCCGUUGUCGACACCGUUGCCGUUCCAGUUGUCCACCCCGUCCACACAGUGCACCGCGCUGUUCUGCCCGUUGCCGUCGGACAUGCCGCUUAUGCUGCUCCCCUCGCCUACGGUGGCAUCCUCAAGGAGUAAAUCCUUUGUCUAUCCAAUUGAUUUCAACCUACAGCCUUCUCUUCCUUGAUUUAAAUGC